CGCUUGGCUUUGCGGGUCCGCUCUUGCGGUUUCAUUGAACAAAGCCCCUGCAAAAUCCCUGGGUUAUGAAAUAUUUCCUCUCCGUCAGGUCCCGGACAAGAGAUGGCAUCUGCAGAGCCAGAAAAGGAAGUCCUUACCUUAUAGAGAGCGCUCUCGGUGUGACACAAUGGCUGAUAUAAAGUGUCGGGGGAGCUGAGCCGAAGGCAAAGGAACAAAGGAAGAUCAAGAUUCGGUGGCUGUCUCGGACAAAAGGAAGGCGGAAAGUGUCUUGGGGAUGGAUAAAUUCAAAGCUGCGCUUGUGCUGGCUGGGGUAGGGGAUGCUCUCGGUUAUCGCAACUUCUCCCGAGAAAACAAUGCCUUAGGUGCAAAAAUCCAGCAGGAGCUGAAGGAAAUCGGAGGGCUCGAGAACCUGGUGCUCUCUCCCGACAAGUGGCCAGUAAGUGACAACACGCUCAUGCACAUGGCUACAGCAGAGGCUGUCAUCACAGAUUACUGGUGUUUGGAAGACCUGUACCGGGAGCUGGUAAAACGCUACGUGGAUGCUAUCGACAAGCUCUCGGGGAGGCGGCCAGACCCCGCUACCAUCGAAGGCUGCAGGGAAUUAAAACCAGACAACUACCUUCUUGCUUGGCACACACCAUUCAAUGAAAAGGGUUCUGGAUUUGGAGCAUCCACAAAAGCCAUGUGUUUAGGGAUGCGAUACUGGAAGCCGGAAAGGCUGGAGUCACUUAUUGAAGUGAGCAUUGAAUGCGGACGAAUGACACAUAACCAUCCCACAGGCUUUCUAGGGUCCCUGUGCACAGCUCUUUUUGUGGCGUAUGCAAUACAAGGGAAACCCCUUGUGCAGUGGGGAAGAGAGAUGAUGAAGGUUGUGCCGAUGGCUGAAGAAUACUGCAAGAAGACCAUUCGCCACAUGGCAGAAUAUCAGGAGCACUGGUUUUACUUCGAAGCCAAGUGGCAGUUUUAUUUGGAGGAGAGAGAAAUCAAUGAGGAAAAUCAGAAUAAACCUGUCUUUCCGGACAACUAUGACGCAGAGGAGAGAGAAAAGGUAACUCCCAUGAUCGCCUACGACGCCCUGCUGGGCUGUGGCGGGGACUGGACAGAGCUCUGCAACCGCUCCAUGUUCCAUGGAGGAGAAAGCGCGGCUACUGGGUCUAUCGCCGGCUGCCUGUACGGCUUGGUUUACGGCCUGAGCAAGGUUCCCAAAGGCUUGUACCAGGACCUGGAACAAAAGGAAAGGCUCGAGUACUUGGGCGAGAAUCUUUACCGACUAUCCAUGGAGGAAAAGUAAAGCGGUUUCUGCCAUUUUCUCUUUCUAUAAAGACUAUAUCAAACCCUGUAGAUAACUGACUGACGUUCAUAGCGAAGAAAUUAGCCAAGAGUUAGUCUGAAAGGCUGUAUGUAGAUCGUGUGCAAACGAAGAUAGCUGAAUUAUUCAAGACUGAUAUAGAUAUUUACGGUCUUUGUGGGUUUUUUUUACAGAUGUAGGGAUUUCUGAGUAUAAAGAUUGCUGCUGAAACCAGUGAGAUAAUCUCAAAUGGAAAAAA